AUGACGACUUCGACGACAGAGAAGAAGGACAAGUCCUAUCUGGACCUGGUAGGUCAGACUCCCAUGGUUCGAGUGGAGCGUGUCUUGCCAGACCAAGUCAAGAAGAAUAAGGUCCGCAUGUUGCUCAAGCUCGAAAUGCAAAAUCCCGGUGGAUCCGUCAAAGAUCGCAUCGCCAAGCGCAUCAUUGAAGACGCGGAAAAGAGUGGUGCAUUAAAGCCGGGCAUGACGGUCGUCGAAUACACUUCAGGCAACACAGGGAUUGGAUUGGCCAUGGUGUGUGCCAACAAGGGAUACAAAUUCAUUUGCUGCAUGCCACAGGCUCCCACCUUUCACGAACGUUACGCGACCUGUCGACAAUUUGGAGCUCAUGUGCACUUGACGGCACCUGCCAAGGGAAUGCCGGGAUUGAAGGAAUAUGCCGAGCAGCUGAAACAGAAUCAUCCCGAAGGAACCUUUUUCUUUGCCAAUCAAUUCACCAACGAAUCCAAUCCGACCGUUCACUACGAAACGACAGGACCCGAAAUUUGGGAACAGGCUCAUCACACAGUCGACUACUUUGUCACGGGAGUGGGAACGGGUGGCACGGCCACGGGUGCCGGAAGAUUCUUGACGGAACAAAAUCCCAAUUGUCAAGUCAUUUGUGUGGAACCCACCGAAUCGAGGGUCCAUGUCGGACAAGCGCAUACAUCGCAUGGUAUUUUGGGGAUUGGGGCCGGUGUCCCAACCAACUUUUUGACCCAGCUCGAACCGGACAAACCCUUCCAAGAAGGACCACGAGGACACGUGGCAGAGUUUUGUCACUGUUCCACACAACAAGCCAUUGAUUGGGCCACCAAGGUGACGCAGACGGAAGGAAUCAUGCUGGGACCCACUGCCGGUGCUGCCGUCAAAGUGGCCAUGGAAGUUGCUGCUCGACCGGAAGCGCAAGGCAAGACCAUUGUCGUCUUGUGUGCCUCUCAUGCCAUUCGAUACACGCAACAUCCGCAGCUAUGGGGAGAGACCAUGAAGGAAGCCAAAGAGGCAUUGCCCAAUCCACCCAAUCCAAGUAAAGAUAUUGACACGUUGCAGUGGAAAUCAGAAGAUUAUGUGGAAGGAAAAAGCAAGGCUGGUACUUGUAGUGACAAGGACGACGAUAAUUCGCGAGAGCAUGCCAACAAGAAGCAAAAGACGAGCGAGUAG